AAACCUGAUAUUUGUAGUCAAUUGAAAGAUUUACUCAUCCGCCCACCAUCUUUAAAGGACAAAAGAAUUCAUCUUUAUAUCCAGAGACUGAAAUUAUUGCUGAUUAUAAUCGAUCCAAGUCUUUGUACUAUAAUGGGGAAGAAAUUUGUUUGCGUUGUAGCGGUGUCGGCGACCGUGGUUUGCGCAUCAGCGGCGGCGCUGGUUAUUCGCCAUCGCUCACAGAAGAGCUCUGGUCAAUGGGCAAAGGCGAUGGCGAUACUAACAGAGUUUGAGGAAAAGUGUCAAACUCCAGUUGAGAAGCUGAGACAAGUAGCCGACGACAUGACUGCUGAAAUGCAUGCUGGUCUUGAUUCUGAAGGAGGAAGCAAGCUCAAGAUGCUCAUCAGCUAUGUCGAUAAUCUUCCAACUGGGGAUGAGAAAGGUUGGUUUUAUGCAUUGGAUCUAGGCGGUACAAAUUUUCGUGUUUUGCGUGUGCAACUGGGUGGAAUUGAGAAUCGGGUUGUUAAAAAAGAAUUCCAGGAAGUUUCCAUUCCUCCCCAUUUGAUGGUUGGGAAUUCUGAUGGGCUGUUUGAUUUCAUAGCGAAGGCGCUUUCUGAUUUUGUUGAUUCAGAGAAGGAGGAUUUCCAUAUUCCUGAGGGUAGACAAAGGGAGCUCGGUUUCACCUUUUCAUUUCCAGUUAGGCAAACAUCCAUUGCUUCUGGAACUCUCAUCAAAUGGACAAAAGGAUUCUCUAUUGAAGAUACUGUUGGACAGGAUAUUGUUGGUGAGUUGACUAAAGCCAUGGAAAGAGUUAAGCUUGACAUGCGUGUGUCCGCUUUAGUUAAUGAUACGAUUGGAACCUUAGCCGGAGGAAGAUAUAAGAACCCGGAUGUUAUUGCUGCAGUGAUCUUGGGUACGGGAACCAAUGCUGCCUAUGUCGAGAAGGUGACUGAAAUUAACAAAUGGGAAGGUCUACCACCAACAUCAGGGGAGAUGGUUAUCAAUAUGGAAUGGGGCAAUUUUCACUCUGAACAUCUUCCAUUAACCGAAUAUGAUUCUGCAUUGGACAAUGAGAGUUUGAAUCCUGGAGAACAGAUUUUUGAGAAGAUAAUUUCAGGAAUGUAUUUGGGAGAAAUUGUUAGAAGAGUUCUCCUUAGAAUGGCAGAAGAAGCUGCGUUUUUUGGUGAUGUCGUGCCCCCCAAACUGAAAAUCCCGUUUAUACUCAGGACUCCUCACAUGUCUGCGAUGCAUCAUGACACUUCUCCUGAUCUGAAAGUGGUCGCGACCAAGAUGAAUGAUGUAUUGGAGAUAUCGAAAACAUCGCUUAAGACGCGAAAAGUGAUUGUUAAACUCUGCGACAUUGUUGCCACACGUGGGGCCCGCCUCUCAGCGGCAGGGAUCUUCGGUAUUCUAAAGAAAACAGGAAGAGACUCGGUUAAUGAUGAUAACCAGAAGUCGGUUAUAGCAAUGGAUGGCGGUUUGUUCGAGCAUUAUGGAAAAUUCAGCGGAUGUAUGGAAAGUAGUCUAAAAGAGUUGCUUGGGGAGGAGAGAUCGGAAAAUGUGGUGGUGGAGCUCUCAAGUGAUGGUUCUGGAAUCGGAGCCACCCUCUUAGCCGCCUCUCAUUCUCAGUAUCUCGAGAACGAAUGAUAUCAUCGUUGGAGAUGAUAUACCUUGAUUUGCUUUAUCAAGGAAACUUUCAACUUUUUUUUUUUUUUAUAGAUUUUACUAGAAUUGUUCUCCCCAUUUUAGCAGGAAUUUAAUCCAGAGCUAAAGUUUGCAGUCCAGGGUGGGGGAGAACUGAAUUUUGAUAUUGUAUGAUGUCUUAAACUAUGGAGGAGGAACCAUCUCAUGUUGUUGUGUCUAAAUUAUGUUCAUUCACAUUCAACAUAAUAGAAUAAUAAAAUCUGGAACUGUCAUUUUUUUUGUUGGUUUAA